AUGGACACCAUCACGUCGUCAUCACAACCACCACAAAUCUUUGGUGAUAAGCAGCUCAAAAGAAAACUAGUUGAUUCGGUUAAAUCGGUAAAAAAGAAAAUCAAGUCAUUAAAUGAGGGUAGAGCUGAGCUCACAUCGAGCCUGCAAGAAACAUUUCAACCAAUCACACAACCCUUGAACACUCUUCUCAAUGAAAUUCAAUUAAAUAACACCGCCAACAACCGUAAAGAAAACAAAAGAAAGAGAAAAUCAGUUAAGGCACAGCAACAGGACGUGCAGGAUGGUGUGAAAUUAUCCACCAGUAAGCAAUUCACGGAUGAUGAUGAUGAUGAUGCUAGUGAUGAUACAGAUGAUUUUGAAGAUGCUGAUAGUUUGAUAAAGCGUGAAAAUAUUGAGGAUGAUUCAAAAGAAUUAUCUAAAUAUGAAGAAGAAGAAGACAUCCACCGCUUAUGUGAGGACAUCACAGCGAAGGUCAACCAUUUUCAAGAAAUAUUACGAAAAAAUUUAAAAACCCCACCGGAAGCGAAUUCUAAACCUCAAAUAAAUAAAAAUCCCAAAAAGACAUCUAAUAAUCCUCAAGAAUCACCAUUAUCAACAUCCUCGUCAUCAUCGUCGUUGUCGUCAUCAUCGUUGUCCUCACGUAAAAACUUCAAGACCUCUAAGGAAGUCAAUUCUAAAUCUCAAACAGCUCAAAAUCCUAAGAAGAAAAACGUCUACAAACCUGAAGAUCCAUCACAUAAUUUAACCAAUUAA